UCUGUCAUCCACCGUACAAUGCCAGGCCAAGGGGAAGUUGACAGAAGUGGGAAGGGACAACCAGCCUUAUGAAUUUGCUCUUGUUGGAUAGACAUUGAAGUGUCGCAAAUAUUCAUCAGAGGGAAAUUUUCCUUCAUUUGGAAAUAAGGUUUUGGAGUGAUAACUCAAACAAUACUUCUGCAAUUGAGAUAGGCACGUAGGACAUGGCAAGUAAAGGUGGAGCAACACGACCCAAUGGGCCCAACGCAGGCAACAAGAUCUGCCAGUUCAAGCUAGUGCUCUUAGGAGAGUCUGCAGUGGGAAAGUCCAGUCUGGUCCUGCGCUUUGUUAAGGGCCAAUUUCAUGAAUUCCAAGAGAGCACAAUUGGCGCUGCCUUUCUGACUCAGACAGUAUGUUUGGAUGACACAACGGUCAAGUUUGAGAUUUGGGACACAGCUGGUCAGGAACGCUACCACAGUCUGGCACCAAUGUACUACAGAGGUGCCCAGGCGGCCAUAGUGGUCUAUGACAUCACAAACGAGGAGUCUUUUGCACGAGCUAAGAACUGGGUGAAAGAGCUGCAGAGACAAGCCAGUCCAAAUAUUGUAAUAGCCUUGGCUGGGAACAAGGCUGACCUGGCGAACAAAAGGGCAUUGGACUUUCAGGAUGCACAGUCAUAUGCAGAUGAUAACAGUUUGCUUUUCAUGGAAACAUCAGCAAAGACUUCUAUGAAUGUUAAUGAGAUAUUUAUGGCCAUUGCCAAGAAAUUACCCAAGAAUGAGCCCCAGGCUGCCGGAACUAGCAGUGGGCGGAACAGGGGAGUGGACCUGACUGAGACAGCACAGCCCACCAGCCGUCCAUGCUGCAGCAACUAACUCAGCCCCCAGGCCCCACCCUCUUGACAAGCACCUCCCUUCUACUUCUUCUCCCUUCUAACUCUUAACAUCUGGAUAUGGAAGUCCCCUUCCAGACAACAGACCUUCCACUUCUCCACCUCACUCCCCUGGAAUAGUUAAAAGACUCUGUAUAGCUGCAUUUCUAAUACAAUCUUUGUCUAUUUUUUUUUUUUACUUUAUUUUUUUCUUUUCUUUUUUUAAAGUGUGUACCAGUAUAAUUGAUGCAUGUAUCACUACAAGGCCUAAAACAUUUUUAACUUAGUUCAGUUUGAGGACUAACCUCUUUUGAAAGAAUGAGCAACUUUUGAGUGUGUGUGUAAUGUAUAAAGGGUGUGUGCUCAGGGCUGAUUCCCUAAAGCAAAGGUGUAACUUAACUUGUUAUUUGACAGAAUUAAGUGGAGUGGGUGGAAAGGAAGUUGUAUUUGAUUAGCCUCUGAUACAUUUUGUUUGUGGGUUUAGUUUUCUUCCAACUAAAAGAAACCAAAUUAUCCCAUAAUGACCUGCCUGAAGGCUUUGACUGUUUGUGCUGUGUUGUGACAAGUGCAGUGUCAAGCAAGGACUCAUUCCAACCGAGCAUUCCUUCUCCUUGCAUCUUCUGCAAAAACAACAUCAUCUGCUAAGCAGUUUGGCAGGAACACCAAGCGACUUUACACAUCUACCCACAGCAACCUGUUGAACAGGAUUCUUCGGGGGGUUUGUGAUUGGACUGGAUGAUAAAGUCUAAUCUUUUACUGACUUUCGCAUCAUGGGAAGUACUUUGUCAGACCGCAACAUUCAACAUCCAACCAGUAAUUGAUUCUGGGACUUAAAGGACGGCAAAAACAAUAUAAUUGAGAACACCCAUGGUCUUAAACCCAUGGGCUGUUGUGCUCAGAAGAGUCCUUUGUAAAUUGUUAUAAAUUGCUAAAACUUUAACAAUUUAGUAGUACAUUUGAGUAAAUGUUUUCACAUACUCACUGUUGUUAUUCAGCAAUCAACCGGUGUCAGAUUUAGUGUCCUUCAGGUGAGUACCGUAGUAGACGUAGUAGACGAUCAACAUAAGGUUUGACUUCAUCAUAGCAUGUGGAAUAUUCUCUCAUAACUGUAUAACAGGAUGUUGACAAUGUUGUCUUCUUCCUCUUCUAGUACAACUUGCCUGGAAAAAGUUAGCUUUUCCAGACAAUUGUGCUCUAGGUUUUGCAACUUCAUCACAAACUGGUCAAAUUAUAAUCAAUGGUGGUCUUUUAAAAUAUAUGUAGACCUAGUGUUAACAAAAUCAAAGCAUCUCCCCGUGUUUUGUUACAUUUUAUGUCAGAUAUGACUUUUAUUGCAUUGCACAAUUGUUUGUUAUAUUGUAGUUAAUGCCCAUUAAAUUUUAUAAAACUGA